UUCCUUCAAUCUUUCUUACCCCUUUUUCACAUUUAUAUACCCUCACUCUCCAUUUUCCACUCAACCAAUUCAAUUCUCCACCUUUCCAACUUCACAAACCCUCCUCACUUCAAUUAUACCAUGCAAACCUUUGAACAAAAUUUCACCUUUUGCAUCCCAAAUUCAUCACACUCUGAUAUCUGUAUCACUCAAGAUCUUCAAUUUCAACUUCAUACCACUCCUCAAAUGCCUCAACUCACAUCUUCCUCCAAGCCUCCAAGAUCCUCAAAUCUAAGCAACCGCAAACCCUCUUUGAAAAACAUCACAAUCCCUUCUAUAACUUCAGCUCUUGUGAUGCCACACCACAUGGAAACAACCUUGUAUGACAGCAGCAAUCAAGUUUCUUCUUCUUUGGAUGAUGUUAACAAUAGCAGAGAGGAUAAGCACUACAGAGGGGUCAGGAGAAGGCCGUGGGGGAAGUUUGCUGCAGAAAUUCGAGACCCUAAUAGAAAAGGCUCAAGGGUGUGGCUUGGAACCUUUGACACAGCCAUAGAAGCUGCUAAGGCUUAUGACAAAGCUGCUUUCAAGAUGAGAGGGAGCAAAGCCAUAUUGAACUUCCCUUUGGAGGUUGGAGAAUCUGAAGAAGAAUCGGUUUCGAUCAAGGUUGGUUUGAAGAGAGAAAGAGAGGAAGAAAGUGAAGGGAAGAAGGAAAGUAACAAGCUUGUGAAGAAAGAAGAGUGCUCUCCCAAAGGGGUGUGCCCUUUGACUCCAUCAUGUUGGAAAGGCUUUUGGGACACUGAUGUUAUGGGAACCAUCUUUAGUGUUCCUCCUUUGUCACCAUUAUCUCCACUCAUGGUUGUUUGAAGUUAUUUAUGACCUUUUGAGAGAGAUGAUGCUGCUGAUUAUCCUCUCUGUGCUGAUAGAUCGAUGAUGAUAUAUGAUGAUUUGUUUAAUGUAAAUAUAGGAUAGUAUGAAGCAAGAUUUCUUUGUUUGUUAAACAAAAUUUCAUGCUUAUCUUCUUCCCUUUUCAAUGUUCUUUGGUAAGAGAUUGUACUGUACUAGAACCAAUAUUGAAAUUUGUUUAUUCGUUUAUUGAAAGUUGAAAAUGGCUAUUGGAUUUGAAUUUUUUGCUGCUCAA